AGCAUAGCGCUGAGUUAUGAUUAGGGGAAUGAACAACUGCUGCCGAACAAUUUUGGUUUUGUUCUAAAGCUCUCCUGCGAUGCAUUCCGGCUAACUAGCUUGCUAGCUAAGUGAGGUGGCUAAACGUAGUUAGCUUAGCGCUUAGCUUGUUUUGCCAACUUAACGCCAGACAUAGUGGGAUUUGAACAAAAUGUAGCGUGAAAUGACUGUUUGCUUUAAACGUCUUGUUGGGACAUGAAAUGGCGAUUUUAUUUAUAUUUAAGAAUGGUGGGUUACAGAAGCUGCUCCGCUUUACGACAGGCACAGACAUUUUAGUGUUCGCUAGCUAAUUUACGAGCUACGCGAUGGCUAACAGAUGCUAGCAAGAACAGUGGUUUGUUGCCAUCUGUCUGGGCUUUAUCUAUAUAGUGGAAUGGGACGCUUUCCCAGCUGCGUGGAACCAAGAUAACAUCGCCAGUAUUUGACCCGUUUUUGGUUUCCCAAAACAGCUCCGGCCCGGGCCUCAGUCCGCGGUCUAGAGUUUGAUAGCGGGCUGUUUGAGACGGAAGCACGUCGGUGAGUAGCUGCCAGCCAGCCCCCUCAGCACCAGCCACCAUCAUGGGAGACAGCAGAGAUUCCCGCAGCCCAGACAGUUCGUCUGUGUCCUCCCCUCCAUCGGGACAACGCUCACCUCCGUUGGUUCCCUCAGCCGCAGCUUCCAUGACCUCCCUGCCUCCCAUCACCACCACCGGGGUCAACAGCCCCAUCAGUAGCAUUGGUUCUCCCUUUUCCGUCAUCAGUUCCUCACUAGGCUCACCGUGCCUGCCUGGCACACCGUCAGUGGGAUACGGCCCAAUUAGCAGUCCGCAGAUCAACUCAACAGUGUCUAUGUCAGGGCUCCAUGCAGUGAGCAGCUCCGAUGAUGUGAAACCUCCGUUGGGCUUGAAGCAGCUGUCGUCCCACAGCCCAGGGCCGAUGCUCUCCCAGAAACGCCUUUGUUCCAUCUGUGGAGACAGAUCCUCUGGUAAACACUAUGGUGUCUACAGCUGUGAGGGCUGUAAAGGCUUCUUCAAGCGGACAGUGCGCAAAGACCUGACCUACACCUGUCGGGACAACAAAGACUGUAUGGUGGAUAAGAGACAGAGGAACCGCUGCCAGUACUGCCGCUACCAGAAGUGCCUGGCCAUGGGCAUGAAAAGAGAAGUGGCCAAGAUGAACGACAGAUCUGUCCAAGAGGAGCGGCAGAGGAACAAGGAACGAGAGAGCGAUGUCGAAUCGACCAGCGCGGUGAACGAGGAGAUGCCAGUGGAGAAGAUUUUGGAGGCAGAGAUGGCUGUGGAGCAGAAGACGGAGCUUCACGCAGAUGGAAGUUCAGGCGGCAGCUCUCCCAACGACCCUGUCACCAACAUCUGUCAGGCAGCAGAUAAGCAGCUCUUCACCCUGGUGGAGUGGGCCAAGAGGAUCCCUCACUUCUCUGAGCUUCCCCUGGACGACCAGGUCAUCCUGCUACGUGCAGGCUGGAAUGAGCUCCUGAUCGCGUCGUUCUCCCAUCGCUCCAUCUCGGUGAAGGACGGGAUUUUACUGGCAACCGGCCUGCAUGUCCACAGGAACAGCGCUCACAGUGCGGGUGUUGGAGCCAUCUUUGACAGGGCGCACAAUGCUGAGGUUGGGGCCAUAUUUGACAGGGUUUUGACAGAGCUUGUCAGUAAGAUGAGAGACAUGCAGAUGGAUAAGACAGAGCUUGGCUGUCUUCGAGCCAUCAUCCUCUUCAACCCAGAUGCCAAGGGUUUGUCCAACCCGAGUGAAGUGGAGCUCCUGAGAGAGAGGGUGUACGCGUCUCUGGAGUCCUACUGCAAGCAGAAAUACCCCGAUCAGCAGGGCAGGUUUGCAAAGCUCCUCCUCCGGCUGCCAGCACUGCGCUCCAUUGGUCUAAAGUGCCUGGAGCACCUGUUCUUCUUUAAACUGAUUGGUGACACGCCCAUUGACACCUUCCUGAUGGAGAUGCUUGAAGCGCCUCACCAGCUGACCUAGAGGAGCCAGGUUCGGUCCAGUCAGGAUCUGAUGUACGCCAGGAUUACCGACACGUCACCCCCGCCUUGGGUCGUUGGCUCCUCUUGUUGGGCCUCACUUAACUGCAGCACCUGCUGGUUUUAAUGUACCGGCUACACACACACACACACACACACACACACACACACACAGUCCCUGUCACUGACCUAAUUAUCUUGACACAUGCACAUGCAGAUUUUAACUUGCAUACAUGACUUGACAUACAGCGCAACUAAUACACAGAAAAUAUGGCUCUGAAUUAACCGUAUGCUAAUGGACACACGCACACACACACACACACACACAUUUUCACCAUAUUUUCCCAUAUUCAGUUUUCCACCAUAGGGGUUUACAACUCAAGGAAUAUAUCCCCUUUUCAUCACAAAUACUGUACAGUAAACGUCUUAAUUUUACGUUAGCCUUCAAUUUCACAACUUCAUCUCACAGUGGGUUUUUGCUUCUGCGUAACUGGUAUCCUUCCCCUGUUUUUACUUGGAUUACUUAGUUACACUGCUAGCUGCACCUCUGUAUAUUAUAUCCAUCACUAGCCGGUUAGUUAUUCAUGUAUGAUUUUAGCUUAAAUUCAGGUGCGUAGCAUUUCAAUCAGCUGUCCACCAUCAAACAAAAUCACUUCUUAUUGGUCAGGAUUGUCCUAUGAUGGACAAACAGACACCCCCUCCCAGUGAGUUCAUCAAGUCUCGUAAACAUUGAUAUUUUAUGCUUUGUUUUUUUUUUUUUUUUUUUUUUUUUUUUUUUUGAAUAUUCAUGCUGAAACUUGUUUGAGUUUCUAUUUUGAAGUACUGUACUCAUGAAAUGAGAGCUUUUUCCAAGGCAUUGAAAUCCAGGAAAAGGGGGGUGGGAGCACUUUGUUGAAACUUUGUCCCUCCCACCCUGAUGCGCACAGCGGGCUUUGUAAGACAAGAAGAAUGACUUGAAUUUUUUUUUCCUAGUUUUGAUUUUAUCCUUUUCUCUAUUUUGGCAGUUGGUUGGCAUUUUAAACAGCUUGAGGCUCACAGGAAGUACGGCUUCACGCAAUACAAAAUUGUAUUUGUUAGCCUUUUAGCUCCCGUUACCCCAAACCCUCCCUUUGCUGGUGGUCAUUUAUGCACUUUUGUGAGUUGUAACUGUGUAAAUGUUCCUGUUUCCUAGAAAUGACCAUCUGUUCUCAGAGACCUAAGAUGACCUUGAAGGUACUAUGUGUAGGGUUUUCUCAUUAUUGCAUCAUUUUCAUGUCUGAUGAUGAUUUGUUAUAGAACUUGCUGAAUGAUUGGCAUGUACAUAUGACAAGCAGGUUUGGGCAUUAGCUCUAACCGCCAGUUGAAAGGCUGAAAGUGUCCAUCUGUUAUUUUUAGGACACUUUUAUUCCAAAAGUCUCAAAAGUCUGGAGGAGAAGAACAAAUCGCUGUUCUUUGAGUUGAAAUUCUUUGAACAACUCUGCAUAUAAUUGGUCAGCCUCUGUCUGAGAUGUGUGUCCUACUGUGCAGUGAGACUAUUGAGUUAAUAAAAGAGUUUGACGUUAGACCUCUCAACCCAGCAGCUAUUGGAGUGUCCUUGUGCAAGAUGAUUCAGUGUUUUGUACUGAAGAUGCUGCACUCUGUCCCUGCUGUAAAACAAGGUGCAAAACAAAAAAAGAAAAAAAACCAGCAAAAUAAAUAAAUAAAUGGCUCAAAUAGUUUGACAAAGUCAGUAAUCCAAGAUUUAAUUGAUAGUCAGUCAGUAUCAACUUUAUCGUUAUCUGCGAUACUUUUAGAUCCCUGUGGAUAAAAUAUAGACCGGGAAACAAUGCACCCGUGUCUGAAUUAAAAAUUAUAAUGCAAUAAUGAAAUAAGUUAGUGUUGCAUCAUGGAAAUCCUACACUUACUACCUGCUGCUUUGGAAACUUUAUUCAGUGUGUAUUGACUCAAUGCUUGCCUCUUUUGUACAGUAGAUGUAAAUAAUUAAAAAAAAAAUCAACACCAUGAGAGUCAUGCAGAAACAAAGGCCUGUUCACACUCAAGUGAACGUGAAAUAUGUGGCUCCGAAAAACAAAUUUUAAAGCUCUAUUAUUUUUCUGUGGAUUCAACAUUAGCCAUCACCGUGAAAUUGUUACCGAGCCCAGGGCCAAACCACACCUCACUGCUGCUUUUGCACCAACUGCUGCCAAUGAUUCUUGUUGUUCUUGGCAAUUGAUUGGCUGGAUUUCAUUGACAAAAGCACUUGACAUUUACUGUGAUUGAAAUUUGUGGGCAACUGAAUCUGAAAGUUGCAGUGAAAAGUCAAAUGCAGCUAACGCGUGAUCAGGAGAUAUACAGCAAACUAAGCCGUCUACAACAUGCUCAAAGGUGAGCAAUACUGGGGUACACAUUAAGAUUUCUGACCAUUUUAGUUGGUAAAUUAUUUAAACGAGUGUUGGCGUUCAGAGGUAUAUUUAGCCUCUACGCGAGUCGCCAAAUUUAAUAGAAAUUAGAAACGUGCAUUUUGCAGUAUCAUUCUACAGGGAAGAGGUACAGCUGUCCUCUACCAGGUGCUAAACAACUAACAUGGUCUUUUAGUUUAAGACGUGCACAUUUUCAUCAAUGCAAACACAGUAUGCAAGUACACAGACAAAUCAGAAAGCCAUUUUCCACUCUUGAACAGGUCUGCUUGAAAUGUAGAUUUCCAUCUUAGGGUUGUUUCUUUUUGGUAUUUUAUGACCCCCAGCGUAACCACAGACUCCCAGCUAUGGGCUGUGGCUGUGCCCUGCUGGACUCAGCCUGUGUCUUUUGUAUGUUAGAAAGCAGUUAGGCUGGUGGACACAAUGAAAGCAGCUGUUAACUUUUGGGCUCCACCAGCUACUUAGACCAGAAUGAGUCAGUGAGCUUCCUGCCCUGCAGAUAGUCCGAAUACUUUUCAGAGUGGAUCCUGGGCCUCCCCCAUGUGAUGUGGACUUGGAGGCUGGCAGUUCGAUGGCCUGUAAGACAGGUGGUUUUGUUUAACAUGUCAGUAAGUUGGUCUAAUCCUAAGAGUUAGGUGUUGUUUCAGUUUUUCUCCAUCCAUGCGUACAGAUGGCCAACUCGACAAAGUGGCCUCCAGAGAUCCAUUCGUUUCGUACAUGCAGAGAAAAGUCAGCCCCUCGUGCGCAGCAUCUCUGUUGGAGAAGGUGGACAAAGUGGUGACCAGCACCAACAUCUGCCAGCAUUCUUGAAUUCAAUAUGCUGCAGUAUGUGACAGUGAGUUGGUUCAGAUGAGCUAAUACUACCAGAGUUUGGAGACUUGAGUGAAACGGAUUUUGUGGCCACUGGGCUUUGAGAUCUUUGAACUGGAUUAGAGCUCAGCUUUCCUGAAACAGUUUGGGACUGGAAUGAAGUUUGUGAGUGCAACUCAAAAUAAGUGCUUUUCUCCCUUUGUCCCUCAAAGAGUAGACUGACUUUAGGGCUUUUGUGAAUGAUCCCAUCCUGUGUUAGGCCGACAUCUCGGCAACUUUAUCUGCAGGAUUUUGCUUUUGGAGCUUCCUCCUUCCUUGAAUGUUAAAGCCUGCUAUCACGGCAUCGUGUUCAUUGCUGGGGAUGGGAAUGAUUACACAACCAGACAAGUUUAAUAAUAAUUAAAAAAUACCAGUCACACACGCCAGUAUUAGCUGAUGAUUUGUGGAAAAAUCAAAAUAUGUAACAUAUGUAUUAAUAUUACGGUAUCAGUUGCCGUGGUAUCAGUGUUUCUGGCAUUUGUCAGUUUUAGCUUAGUCUGUUACAUAAGUUACCGUAAUGUUAAUUGGCAUUGAAAUCAAUUAGAAUUCCCAUCCUUUAUAUAACAGCAAAGAAUCAGAUUUUUGCUGUCAUUUCUGUAUUUCUUUGCAUUUUGACAUGAGCUUAGGUCAUUUAGAGGAUGAUAAGCAGAUACAGUAAACAAAUGAAAAGAGCUAUGCAGUCAGUGGAGCUUCUGUAUGCUAAGCCACUUUAAGCUUUGCUGACUGAUUUAGCGAGAGCUGGUGGUUGGGUAUGUCGGUUGUUGUUUUUUUUGUAUUUGUUAUAGGGUACAUGUGGCCACAUGUGUAUGCUUUUAUGCACAUGUGUGUGGAAUCUGUCUGCAGCUACGCCUUUUGACUGGCAGAUCCUAUAGCUUUGGCUGUGAUGUGCUGUUAAAUUGAUAUACAUAUACAAAAUAAUGAGAGGAUGCAGAGAGGAAAAGAGGAACCCGGCCGGAGGGGUGAUAAACUGGCUUGUUGAGCUGAUGCUUCAUCAACACACCCCAGCCUCCUCCCUUCCCUCACUUUGCCCUGUCUCCACUGCUUUACUUUAAACUUAACAGAUGCUUAUUCAUACUCGCCUGCGUGGGCUGAAAAUUACUGGGCUUUGCGUUGGAAUGGACUUGUAAAAUAAACCUACGAUUUUUGGACUGUUUGAAAAGGAUGUGAAGCUUCUCGUGGAAUAAGCAUUGGAGAGCUGUAAGGAAGGGAUUCGGUGCUGUGUGUCCCUCUUUGCUUACUUUACUUGACGGCAGAGCAGCGGCGAUCUGCUGGAUCGCACCGCACUGCCCACAGAUGUUUGUCGUUGCGACCGUGUGCACUCAAGGCAGACGCAUGCUGUGACCUUUUGACUGUGUAGCAGUAUUGUUGUCGCCACUUUUGUUACAUUUUGAAAUUACUCGCUUUUUUGAAAGUAAGGACAUAGAAUAAAUAUGCUUUUGUUUGAAAUAGAUCACAGGCUGUGACUGAAGAAUUGAUCAUCGUAUAUAGCUAAGAUGUCAGGGUGGUGUUUUAGCCUAUUGACACAGGCCCCCUGGAGCCAAGGCCCAUCCCAUUAUGAUCAAUGAGGCAGUGUGUGCUAUGCAGCCUUGAAACCACCACCCUCACUGGUUUAUUUAUCACUGCCAAGCUGUAUGCGGAUGUGGCCGUUUUAAAUGCAGGGCCACUCAGUCCCCUGUGCUUAAUUUUCAUGUAUGUUGUGAUUAUUGUGUGGCACACUAAAGAGUGUGCGCUAACCUUGGCCUGUGUAGUGCAUACUAAAGAGGGGCCCUAAUAGGAACAGCAUGACAGCUCGUGUGUGGAGGGGAGGACUGGUCCCAGGAGAAGUAGACCAGUGUGUGGUCCCCUCUGGGUGCUCAGGCUGUGCAUUGGUGCUUUUUAUGGGGUUCCCCCAGCCUGAAAACAUCUGCUUUGGUUUAAAACACAGGGAAAAUGAAUAUGAGUGAAAUGCAAAUAAGGAAUGAUUUAACAGGGCUAGCCUGGCCCUGGACCUGCUCUUCUUCACUUGCAUUUUGUUGGGUUUUUUCUGCAACUGGGUCCCCUGCAACCUGUUGUGUUUUUACUGUGUUGGAGUCACACGUGGCUGUAGCUUAGUACUACCAGCAAUAAGACAAACCCAUCAGAGUCCACUUCAGAUCAUGAGGGAGAAACUGUGGCUCUAAUCGUAGAUGCACAGCGCAAAGGCCACCAGAAUCCACAGGUCUGGUUUGCAGGAGACGCCUCUGAGCAGGAUGUGGUUACAUUGAGCGAACUUGACAGGAGGAAUCAAUUCAGAAUGAUUUGCUCUCUGUCAGGAGGAGAUGGUUGUUGGUGUUCUGAGAUUGGAGGAAUCGUGAAGGGUCAGUCGGAGAGAGAAGGGCAGGGACUUGAAGAACUCUGAUCAGGUGUUCAUCUGUCGAUCGAGAAGAAAAACAGAAAAUCUAUUUUCCACUAGAUCUAGAAUCUUCCUUAAUUGUUUACUCUUCACCAUAAAGAAAUUCACACGUUGUUUCUUUGUCUGGUUUCCUGUCUCCAUCUUCUUCGACUGUGCUCUUCAUCUUUUGUUUAUUACAAAGUAUUAAACAAAUACAAGAACUGUAAAAUCAGAAUGGAAUCUGUCACUCUUGAUUUUAAUUUUUCUCUCCUUCUCUUGUGUCUGUUCUUUGUCCUGUUUGUAUCCUGUUCCAUCGUACAUGUGGAGCUGAUUGACUAUUGUGUGCUUCGGGGAUUGAAAGAAGAAAAAAAAAUAUGAAUAAUUUUUUCAGUCAUUAAUUCUGAAUCUUGUUUCUGUUUGUUGUAUCAUGUCUGAGUAAAGGUUUUAAUACUGUA